UCUCUCUCAUUUCACGCUGUUCCUGUGGUGAGCUGCGUAUAUAAAAAAGGGUGGGAGGGACUGCUUUUCCCUGAACAACUGCGAAGACCAUUGAAUUCGAUUGAAACGUCCCAGAUUUUCGCUGCUUUUGAGACCUCUCUCUCUCUCUCUCUCUCUGUUUCUGUGAGUCUCUCUCUGAGCCGCCGUCUUUCGGGGCUGCUUUUGGCGGAGCGAAUUGGUGGCGCAUUAAAACGAAAGUUGAAGUCCCCCUCCCACCAACGCCACCGAGCGCAGCAGAGAUCUUUUGCUGUCUCUUGUCUUCAAUUCUUUCGACCAUUUUAAGUCCUCUCCAAUCUCUCUCUCUCUCUCUCUGCAACACCCACCCAUCUGCCUUUCUUUUCUUCUAAAACCCAACGAGGUCGAAAGAGGAGGAAAGCAAGAAACAGAGUCAGUGAGUGGCCCCUUUUGCUCGCAGGUCAAGAAGGCGACAUUUCGGAGACGAGGACAGACAGAGACGUGGGAGCGUGAGAAACGAAGGAAAUGUUGGGUCCGAAGCAAGCAGAAUCAGAAGCCAUCGUCUCCAACGCGACCGAGGCAGAGCUCAACCACGCCAAGGACGGCCGCGACGGGGCACUCGAAGAUGGCGGAGGAGCAGACGAAGCCUCCCCCGUGCUCAGCGUCAAGAGCUUACUCUGGCACGGCGGCUCCGCCUGGGACGCCUGGUUCAGCUGCGCCUCCAACCAAGUGGCGCAAGUGCUGUUGACGCUGCCGUACUCGUUCUCGCAGCUGGGGAUGCUGUCGGGGAUCAUCUUCCAGGUGUUCUACGGCAUCCUGGGGAGCUGGACCGCUUAUCUCAUCAGCGUCCUCUACAUUGAGUACCGAACCAGGAAGGAGAAGGAGAACGUCAGCUUCAAGAACCACGUCAUUCAGUGGUUCGAAGUGCUGGACGGGUUGCUCGGGCCGUACUGGAAGGCGGCGGGGCUCGCCUUCAACUGCACUUUCCUCCUCUUCGGCUCCGUCAUUCAGCUCAUCGCCUGCGCAAGCAACAUAUACUACAUCAACGACCACCUGGACAAGCGGACGUGGACCUACAUCUUCGGCGCCUGCUGCGCGACGACGGUGUUCAUCCCCUCCUUCCACAACUACCGGAUUUGGUCCUUCCUCGGCCUCGGCAUGACCACCUACACCGCCUGGUACCUGACCAUCGCCGCCCUCGCCCACGGCCAGGUGGAGGGGGUGAAGCAUACGGGGCCGAACAAGCUGGUGCUGUACUUCACCGGAGCCACCAACAUCCUCUACACCUUCGGCGGCCACGCCGUGACUGUGGAGAUCAUGCAUGCAAUGUGGAAGCCCCAGAAAUUCAAGUACAUCUACUUGAUGGCCACACUGUAUGUGUUCACGCUGACGAUACCGUCGGCCUCCGCCGUCUACUGGGCCUUCGGCGACCAGCUCCUCAACCACUCCAACGCCUUCUCCCUCCUCCCCAAGUCGGGAUUCCGCGACGCCGCCGUCAUCUUGAUGCUCAUUCAUCAGUUCAUAACGUUCGGGUUCGCGUGUACACCUCUGUACUUCGUGUGGGAGAAGGUGAUAGGGAUGCACGACACGAAGAGCAUCUGCACGAGGGCGCUGGUGAGGCUGCCGGUGGUGAUCCCCAUCUGGUUCCUGGCCAUCAUCUUCCCCUUCUUCGGCCCCAUCAACUCCGCCGUCGGCGCCCUCCUCGUCAGCUUCACGGUCUACAUCAUCCCCGCCCUCGCCCACAUGCUCACCUAUCGAAAGGCCUCCGCUCGUCAGAACGCGGCGGAGAAGCCGCCGUCGUUCCUACGGAGCUGGACCGUGAUGUACGUGUUCAACGCCUUCGUGGUGGGAUGGGUCCUUGUCGUGGGCUUCGGGUUCGGUGGCUGGGCCAGCAUGACCAACUUCAUCAGGCAAGUGGACACCUUCGGCCUCUUCGCCAAGUGCUACCAAUGCAAGCCACCGCAACCGCCCGCCGCCGCAGCGCCGCACCACUGAGCCGCCCGCCCGCCCGCCUCCCCGAUCGAUUUUCCGCCAAUCUUUUUCCUUUCCUAAUUUCCCCAAGUGGAUUGUGUAACAUAUACAUGGGGAUAGUGGCAAUGAUUCUCUUCCCCUCCCCCUGCCUACAUGUGAUGUGUGCUGGAAUUUCCUUCUUUUUUCCCCACCCUUCAAUUUUUCUUUUUUUUCUGCUUUAUAAAAUUUUAAUUUCCCUCUCUUUUGGCUAGAGAAUUAGCUGGUGAUACUACUAUAUAGUGUGUGAAGAUUCCCUUGCUAUUAUUAAAGCAUAGGCUAUAACAUAUAUAUUAAAAAAAAUGAAAAAAUUUGAAUUUC